CUUUGGAGAACAAAAAGUGCUAGAACUGCGCUGAAGCUACAAUGAAUAUAUGUGUUGCAGGACCGAAAAGAUUUUAAAAGAUUUUCACCAUGCAUUUAUUAUUUGUUUUGCUUUAAAACAUCGAAUUAUUUAAUUCAACGGUCCUACAAUUAUGAGACCGCCACAAUCCCAAAUUAAACUCUUAAAUAUUUUCUGACUGAAAUACACUGUUGCGCCUGCUCCAAUAGCUUUGCGUGUGCGGUUUUGAAAACCAAGUAUCAGUAGUGAGAAAGGAAGAUACGAUUUAUUUUAACUUACAUUAUUGCAGUUAAAAAUGCAUAAUAUGUAGGAUGUUUUCACAACCAAUGGUAUAGGGCUGUUGGAUCUUAGUUGUUACAACAUUCUUUUAUUUAAGAAUAAGAAGAAACUGUUCUACAAGACGGCAUGGCAUAUCUCCCUAUUUAUCUGAACUCUGCUAUUCUGGUGCUGUUUCGUUGUGACAUCUGUUUGGUGGGAGCAAAUAGGCCACCAGCUCCUGUCAACAUUACUGUCACCCAGCUAAAAGCUAAUGCUGCCACCGUAUCCUGGGAUGUUCCAGAGGGAGACAUCAUCAUCGGCUACACCAUCUCUCAGCAGAGGCAAGAUGGACAGAUGCAAAGGUUCAUCAGGGAAGUCAACACAACAAAUCGUGCCUGUGUCCUCUGGGAUCUGGAUGAAGAUGCAGAUUACAUCAUCCAGGUCCAGUCUAUCGGGCUGUAUGGGGAGAGUCAAGCCAGCAAGCGGAUUCAUUUUCGAACCCUGAAAGAAACUGACCGCUUCCCAUCCAACAGCUCAAACCAAGAUGACCCGACGGUGCAGGGAAUCAAAAACCGCCAGCUUCAAACUGGGGAGAUGAUCAUUAUAGUGGUGGUGCUCAUCAUGUGGGCAGCUGUGAUUGUUCUGUUCUGCAGACAGUAUGACAUCAUUAAAGACAACGAUUCAAACAAUAACAAGGAAAAGGCCAAGCCUUCCUCCGAGCACAGCACGCCUGAGCGACCUACAGGAGGGCUGCUGCGCAGUAAGUUUCAGAAAGCACCAUCAAUCAACAUCAUUGAAGUCUGACCCAAGAAUACAGUAUGUUGGCCUAAAGACAAACCAUCGUCAGAGGUUUUUGUGAGACAGUGAGGCAGUGGAACGGUUCCCAGGUGGGAGGCCUUUAACCCAAACACAUGUCACUUUCCAAGCCAUUCAGCCCUGUUAGAAAUGUUAACGAGGUCUAAAACACAACGUAUGACAAAUGCAAAGAAGCACCCAAUUUAUAUUGAUGAUUGAUCAUUUGGAAACAGAGCCAUUUGAUCUUGGAUGACCACUCAUAGGUGUCAACAGCACAGCGAAGGCCAAGAAGAUAAGGUUCACACUUUGCAUUAUCUUAACAUUGUGCAUUCUCUGGACUUUUUAGCAGGAAUGAAAUGUAAGAAUACAGUCAUGAUCUGUCUAUUUUUUGCCAACCUCACUGAGACAUGUUUUAGGAGCAGCCAUCAAUGACAGGCAAUGGGACACAAAGAUAUCUAAUCUGGAAGUUCUCCAGAUACAAACAUCUGAUUCUAUUGAAGAACAUGUCAUACUCGGAGGCUUGGGUUUGGGUAAAACUUCCAUUCCCUUUUUUGAGCCUAUUUGAUGAACACUGAUGUAUGAGCCUACAGUAUAUGACAGGUUAUGAUGUUCAGGCAACAUUUAUCCAACUAAUAUUAACUUGCCACAGAAAUAUCAAAAAAUAUUUUCUUUCACAGAGUCAGCAUAUAAUUGAUAGGGACUGGACUAUUUUGAGUGAAAAAAUGUUUCUAAUUGUUCCUACAGAAGAUGCUUCAUAAUGGUAACAAUUAAAGCAAUAUAUGUUUAAGUGCCUAGCGCCCUUGAAAACACGUUGCAUGUGAAUCAAUCAUGUCAUUGACAUUUGCUAUAAAUCUGUGUUCUCUGUCAAACUAAAUUACACAUGAGCAGUUGUCAUUCAAACAUUCUGUUAAUUUCCCAGGGGCCUAGGUGCGAUGCUGUGUUCAAUUCAUUUUUGUAAAUCAAUAAUAAAAAAAAACACUACAUAGAAUAAAAUAAUUAAAUAUAUUUUUGAAGCCGACACAACAUCAUAUUCAAGACGCAAUGAGGAGGAUUUUAAAAAAUCUGCGUUAUUGUCUCAAACUCGUGGUAUAGUAACGACAGCUUUAGUAACAAGUGAUUUUCAAAUGGAAUUUGUUAAUAAAAUCAAUCCGGUAAUGCUUUGAAACUGAGUCGAUGAGGUCGUUAAUGACGGAUUUCUCAGUAAAAAGCUUAAUUGUCGCAGGUCACGUACAUCACUUCCUUUCUCAACGACUGCAAAAGGGGAGCUCGUUAAUCAAAAUGCAUGCUAACGAGAUCAAGAAAAAUAAUGUGCUGUUAUCACCGGCUGGAAGUGUACAGGGACAAUGCGGG